CCGAUUGGGUCACCGCCUUUCGUGAGCUCUACCGCGCCAAACGUCACCCAUCUCUGCCUACAACACAGCUCCCUUUCUUUCGAUCUUUCCAUCCUCUCGUCUUCUCUUCCUAUUGACAGCGAAUCAUGGCGGACAGAUACUCAUUCUCCUUGACUACAUUCUCCCCCAGCGGAAAGCUGGUGCAAAUUGAAUAUGCCUUGAACGCGGUCAACCAGGGUGUGACUGCCCUUGGUAUCAAAGCUACGAACGGCAUUGUGCUCGCGACUGAGAAAAAGUCCUCAUCGCCUCUGAUCGACCCUCCUUCGCUGUCCAAGAUCUCCCUGAUCACGCCGGAUAUCGGUAUGGUCUACGCCGGCAUGGGCCCCGACUAUCGGGUGCUAGUCGACAAGGCCCGCAAGGUCUCACACACAGGCUACAAGCGCAUCUACAACGAAUACCCUCCUACUCGUAUAUUGGUUCAGGACGUCGCUCGGGUAGUGCAAGAAGCUACGCAAUCCGGUGGUGUGCGGCCGUACGGUGUCAGUCUGUUGGUCGCAGGUUGGGACGAGGGCGUGGAGCCUGAGUCGGAAGAGGCUAAGAAGGAUGACCCUGAGCAGAAGAUCUCCAGCAAGACUGGUGGUAUCCAGAAGGGUGGGCCCAGUCUGUACCAGGUCGACCCCAGCGGCAGCUACUACCCGUGGAAGGCGACGGCCAUCGGUAAACACGCAACAAGCGCCAAGACGUUCCUCGAGAAACGGUACACUGAAGGACUAGAGUUGGAAGAUGCCAUCCAUAUCGCGCUGUUGACACUCAAGGAGACGAUUGAGGGUGAGAUGAAUGGUGACACAAUAGAAAUUGGUAUUGUCGGUCCCCCAGCGGACCACCUGCUGGGCUUCGAGGGAGUGGAGGGUGCUCAGGGACCACGGUUCCGCAAGUUGACCAAGGAGCAGAUCGAGGACUACCUGACCAAUCUAUGAACGAGAACACAUAAUUUAUGUAGACUCGAAUGAAACCUUUCCUUUUUGUCGGGUG